GGGGGGUCCGUCCCCAGCCGGUCGCUCGGGUCUUCCGGCCGUGCGCCCGUCGCCGCUGCCGGACCGCUGCGCCGCGCCGCGCCUCGCCGCGCCCCUUCCCCGGCAUCAGCGCCCUCCCCAGAGAGCUGCUGGGCCUUCGUCUGACGCGUCCGGAGGAGGACGGCGCGAGCGAGACUCUGGGUCGGCCUGUCGACGGCCCUGCGGUCCGUUUCCUCGGCUGCCCGGCUCUUCUGGGCCUCUUCCCCGACGCCGAAGUCCAGACGCGUCAGCGCGCUUCCUCUCCCUUCGCAGUCUUCGGAGUCCGCCUUUCGCUUCCGCAGAGCCACGGCUUGCACGGCUCUGAAGUGGUGAUCACGGAGGCAGAAUAAGGAUUGAUCUGCAUUUAGAACUAGAGAUUUUCCUUGUGUGCUUAUCCAGCCUCCAUCAUGAAAGGUGUUUCUCUGGAGGAGGAGAAAAAGAAAAAGAAAAGGAAGAAAAAGAAGGUGGCAGUGAUGACAACAAGCAAAGGGCUGAAAUUUGCAAAGAAGCAGUUGAAGAAGCAUGGAUGGAAAAAAGGUAAAGGACUUGGGAAACAAGAAAACGGGAUCUCUGAAGCCCUAAAAGUCAAAGUGAAAUGCAACACAGCUGGGAUGGGGCACAACUCAGCUGAGGAGUUCACCUUCCAUUGGUGGGACCAUCUGUUCAACUCAUCUGCUGCCAACAUUGCGGUAGAAGCUGGGCAGGAUGGGAUCCAAGUGAGAAAAGUCUCUGAACAAGAUGGACCAGUAACAAGUAAAAAACUACGCCGGGCCCAGGAGGGGAACAUGCUCUAUGGCCGCUUUGUGAAGGCAGCCACCCUGAUAUCUGGCACAGAGGAGCCUGUGAACCCCACAUCCUCCUCAGACCAGGAGGAGGAGAAAAUGGACCUAUCCACGGUGAGGAGGCUGACCGACGAGGAGCUGUUCCAGGCCUGCGGGGGAAGAACAGUCCACAAGGGGGCUCGGCAUGGCCUCACGAUGGGGGCAAAGCUAGCGCGGCUGGAGGAGCAGGAAAAGGCCUUCUUGGCUAGCUGCGUCCAGCAGAAGGAAGGACCGAAGACGGCCCCCAGCAAAAGAAGCAAAGUUGUGGGUGCUGCAAAGAAAAGUCAGACAGGGGGGGCCUGCAUCAAGGCCAAGCCCAAAAAGAAGAACAAGAAGAAAAAUGCCAAAGAGAUGAACAGGCACUAGGGAAGCCCAGAGCUUGGCAGCCGGAUGGGGCAGAAGGGGAGCCGCCUCCUGGGCCGGUGGGCUGAAAAGCUGGGAGCUUCAGUCCUGCUCGAAACCAUCCUGCUACUGUCCCAGAAGCAGAGAGGCUGUUUUCAACUUCCAGUCCUCAUUUUAUCAGACCAAGGACUGGCUGAUUUCCUUCACUAAGGAGUACUUCAGGUUGGAAAGGGUGCAGAUAAAUAAAAUCUUUACAUAAAUAGAUAGUACA